GUGGGCCUCCCCGGCAGGUGGGGCAGGAGCCCCCGACGAGCCGGGAGUGGCAGCCCCUUGGAGAGCGAUGACGGAGUAUAAGCUUGUGGUCGUGGGUGCCGGAGGCGUGGGGAAGAGCGCCCUGACCAUCCAGCUGAUCCAGAACCACUUUGUGGACGAGUAUGACCCCACUAUAGAGGACUCCUACCGGAAGCAGGUGGUCAUUGAUGGGGAGACGUGCCUGCUGGACAUCCUGGACACAGCGGGUCAGGAGGAGUACAGCGCCAUGAGGGACCAGUACAUGCGCACGGGGGAGGGCUUCCUCUGCGUGUUUGCCAUCAAUAACACCAAGUCCUUCGAAGACAUCCAUCAGUAUAGGGAGCAGAUCAAGCGGGUGAAAGAUUCAGACGAUGUGCCAAUGGUGCUGGUGGGGAACAAGUGUGACCUGGCCGCACGCACUGUUGAGUCUCGGCAGGCCCAGGACCUUGCCCGGAGCUAUGGCAUCCCCUACAUUGAGACAUCCGCCAAGACCCGGCAGGGCAGCCGCUCUGGCUCUGGCUCUGGCUCCAGCUCCGGGACCCUCUGGGACCCCCCCACUGGGACCCAUGUGACCCAGCAGCCCCCAUGUUGGUGUGGAAGAUGCCUUCUAUACGCUUGUGCGAGAGAUUCGGCAGCAUAAGCUGAGGAAGCUAAACCCGCCUGAUGAGAGCGGCCCAGGCUGCAUGAGCUGCAAGUGUGUGCUCUCUUGACGCCAGGUGAGGCGGGGCCAGACAAACGCCAGGACAGUGGCCCUGGUUGGCUAGACGAGCCUCCGUGUCUGCUCUGAUGUCUCCCUGCCGAUGAUUAGUGGCAUCCUUUGUGCCCACCCAGUCCCAGGCUUAGGACAUGGAGGAGCCGGAUGUGGGGAGGAGGUGCAGACGGAAGGAAGCAAGGAAGAAGGAGGGAAGGAAGGAAGGAAGCAAGUGCCACUGGAGCCCAGCCAGCCCAGGGACGGUGGACAGAGGUGACCAAGACCCUCGCAUGGAUGCUUUGCACAGACUGUCAUGAACUGUUCCAAAUGCCACAGGCACCCUGGCCCUUGACUCCCCUUCCAGCCCUCUUUGGGCCUCUAUUGGGUGCAGGUUGAAUCAGUAAAUUAUUUGACGGUC